AUGGCCGCCAGUGCAGCAGAGGACGAGCGCACAGCCAGGCAGAUGCAGGAGGCCGAGAUGGGCCAGGCGCCCCAUUUUGCGCACGGAGCCGUUGUGCAGGGCGUGGCCGUGCACCCGCACGCCGUGUCCAUCGGCGCACCUCGUCUCUCGACGGGGCCGGUCGUUGUGGAGGCCAUCCCAGAUUUGCCGACCGAUGAGCUCAUUGUCCUCAGCUUGCGGUACACGGUCAUGUGCUUCGGUCUGAUCGACUUCGUCCUCCAGCUGAUCCGCGAUGUAUUCUUCUGGGCGGCCCUCACCCAGUGCAGGAGAGAAGAAUGCACCGCUAUCGAAGGGAUACCUCUAUGGACUGUAGGCUUGAUUCAGGCCGCACUCUUCGUUGGACCUCUCUGCGGCAUCAUCGGGGCACGGCGCUUGCAGCGAGGCCCUGUCUCGGUAUACCUUUGCUUCUGCAUCUUCAACCUGAUAUUCGUUCUUACAUCCUACUUGUGGUUCUUGAUUUUCCUGAUCGUUCAGAUGUGGAUCACGUGGAUCGUUUGCAAGUUCUGGAGCGCGCUGGGUACGAUCUCCAGGGAUCGGGUUGUCCAGAUGAGGGAUCCCGACUACCUCGAGAAGGCACCAGUCAGAAUAGUGUAUUGGUGA